GAAGUAGAAUGUGCGGCUCAACUGCUUAGACUACUCGAUUUUCCUGGCAUGACCUCGCGAAAAGACACCGUCGCUGCUGCCAAUGUCAAAACCUUCCCGUGGGUGUUCCAGCCCAAUACUAAGGCCGACAAUUGCGCAGAUGUGAGUCACUGGCUCCUCAGGGGUGACCGCUUCUACUGGGUGACCGGCAAGGCAGGUUCCGGCAAAUCGACCUUGAUGAAUUUCCUCUUGACGUCUCCAGAAACGGAGGCCGCGCUUUCUAAAUGGGCUGGCAACGCAGGCGUUGUGCUUGUAUCUUACUUUUUCUGGAAUUCUGGCAAGCCUCUGCAGAAAAGUAUCCUUGGCUUACUCCGGGCUUCCGUGUACCAAAUUCUGGAGAAUGAUCGCAGUAUGGCGAGGAUCGUGGAGAGAGUUUUGUUUGAGUCUCGAUGCUCAUCGACGGGCUGUCCUCCAUUUCGCGAGACUGUGUUAUCCGAAUCAAAGCUCUGCGAGGUCUUGUUGGCUCUGCUUGACCAUGGCAAAUCGCAAUCCUCCAGCUACUGCUUCUUCAUCGAUGCACUCGGAGAAUGCGAAGGAGAUCGCACCGUGCUGCUGAGUUUGCUUGAGAAGUUGGUCGAGCGCCCUCACGUCAAGGUGUGUGCUUCCAGUACCCCGUGGCCAUCCCUCAGACGCUUUUUUCGACUUAGUGCGACGUUGACCCUGGAAAAUUUUACCUCUGCAGACCUGUUGCUUUACGCCGGCGAAAGGAUGAGACAGCAGUUAGCACGGACAAAGCAGGCAAUUGCCGAAUCGAAUGUGGAGAAGCUUGCCUCGGAAAUUGUCGCGAGGUCCAAUGGCAUCUUUCUAUGGGUUGUGCUUGUAACGUGCGAGAUGAACGAAGGGCUUGCAAGAGGUGACAGUAUUGACGUACUGCUGAGAAGACUAGACGCGUCGCCUCCAGAGAUACGCGAUCUUCUUCCAGUCAUACUAGACAGG